CUGCCGCUGAACUGCCUUCACUGUUGCGCCGCGCUGGUAUUUACGACACUUUCGUUCGGAAGACGGCAGUAUGCGGACACACAUGUGGAGCGCGGCGUGUGUUUCUGUAUUCAGAGUCCUGACUCGAGUUUGUGUGGCAUCACAGCGGGUUAAAGCACCCCUACCGGUGUUUACAGCCCACAACUUCUCUCUCUUCAGUCCGUGUACCUCUGUGCUCGUUAAGGGUUUGAUGUCAAGAAGACGACCUCACGGCAGGAAGAUGUCACAGUCUUUGGCGCAGCGGAUGGUCUGGGUAGAUCUGGAGAUGACAGGGCUGGAUAUAGAGAAGGACCGGAUUAUUGAGAUGGCUUGCAUCGUUACAGAUUCUGACCUGAACAUCAUUGCAGAGGGGCCAAAUCUGAUAAUCAACCAACCAGACGAGCUGCUCGAUGGCAUGUCAGACUGGUGCAAAAAGCAUCAUGGGAAGUCAGGGUUGACUCAGGCUGUCAGGGACAGUCACAUCACUCUCCAGCAGGCGGAGUAUGAAUUCCUGUCUUUCGUCCGACAGCACACGCCACCCGGACAGUGUCCUCUCGCAGGGAACUCCGUGCACGCCGAUAAGAAGUUUCUGGAUAAGUACAUGCCGCAGUUCAUGCGACAUCUGCACUAUCGCAUCAUAGACGUGAGCACCAUUAAAGAGCUCUCCAGACGAUGGUAUCCAGAGGAGUACAGUCUCGCACCGCAGAAAAAAGCAUCGCACAGAGCGCUGGAAGACAUCCAGGAGAGCAUAAAAGAACUGAAGUUUUACAGAGCAAAUGUUUUCAAAGUGAAGGAGAAGAGAAAAAUUGUCGAAAAUGGUGAUAAGAAAUCUGUGAGCUAAUCUCCAAGUCCAUCUGGGGGUGGCUUUAGGAUCUUGUGCCGAAUUCUCAUAUUUGGAUGAAAGGCUGUGCGAAUACUCGAGAGAAUGAGAGAGCAAAGCUUCACCUUGAUGUCCCCAGUGUUUGUUUCCUGUUUUAUUUGUUGACUCUGCAAAUAGCUUAGUUUAAAAAAAAAAAGAGAAAAUCCAAAAAGUUCAAAAUGAU